AUGGCCAGGCUGAACGACUUUGCUGCUCCGGCAGAGUCUGUCGAGGCUUUGAAACGGCGAUUCGUACGACAGAACCGCGACAUCGUGCGGGUGAAUUCUAUGCAAUCCCUUCGCAUCCGCAGUUUAGAAUCCGAAGUCUCACAUCUACUGGCCGAAAAUGUUUCCCUGCGCGAACAAAUUAUCAAUCUCACGCAGGAGAACGAACGUUUCGAGUCUGCCAAAAUGCUUCACGAGGAAAUCUUUGAGAUCAAGUCCCGCUUGGAUAAGAAACUGGCUGAGCUGAGUAGCUUGGCUUCGGACCUGGGAAUGUUGCCUCGCAAAGUAGGCAGACAAGGUGGCGACAAGACUGGAACAGAUUCAGGUCGGCCCAGAGCGACCGUGGCGGACUCAAAGCCUCGAACCACGGACUCGGAGUUCAAUGCAGGUCCGGAGGAUGGAAGGCUGCCGGCGAUUGUGGAAGACAAAUAUUAUCCCCGAAGAACACUCGAACAACAAGAAAUUCAGAACCUCGACCACACCGACUCCCGCUUGGAAUCACCUCAGCACGAUCGUCCAGCGCAGGAAGAGUGCGAUCCAGCUUUGGAAAGCCCGAGACCCGAGUUGGAGGAGAUGCCAUCGGAAAGUCGUAUAGACAGCGAUCCCUCACACGAUGAAUCGGCCCUGCCACCGACGCUCGAGACUCGGAAGAAGAAAAAGAAGACCGACUCGGUAACCCCUGCAUAUAAAACAUUGUCCCAGGACGAUCUAUCAACUACAGCGAACCAAUCACGCGAGCCGACGAAAUUAGGAUCAAAGCGUAAAUUCAGUCCAGACGAGGAUGGGUUUUUGUCGGAUCUGGCGCAAGACGAUGACGAGUUCCAGUUUACUCGCCCGAGCGGAAGCCCUCGGACGAAGGCAGAUCCGUUUGAUUUUAUGCGCCAGGACUUCUCACCCAGUAAAACGCCGACGAGCGUGAAACGGGGAACUGCCCAAGCUGGACUUACAAAGCGAAAGGUCCUUGAGCCGAAGAGCGCAAAUACCAAUCUCGGCUCCCCUAAGAAGAUCCGGGCAUCUUUGAAUUCAGACUACAAAGUUCUUCCCAGAGUCGCAGCAGAUGAGAACACACGCUCGCCCCAGAAACCCAAGGAGAUUGAUAUUCAGAGCGGAAGGACUUGGAAUCAGAAACCUCGCGUUGCUCGAAUUGGCGCCGUCACGCAGAAGCCAAAACGUGCUGGCCGGUCUAUUGAAACGGAGGACCAUCUCGAGCCCGACGUGAAAUCUACAUUGCCAAAGGACUCCCCGGUGGCAAAUACAGGGGACCAAGGCUUUGGGAUGUCGGAUAUGAGCGCGACUUCCCGCCCUUCACGGCGUCGCGGAGCCGUGGUAAGCUAUGCAGAGCCUAAUUUGCGAGACAAGAUGCGUCGCCCAUCCAAGAACCUGAUUGAUGCCGUGACUGGGGCUGGUCCUCGCCGCUCCUCGAGUUUCCAACUUUCCCGGGAUAGCCUCGGUAAUGAAGCGAACCCUUCGCAAUCUGACGCCAGCCCCCAUCCAUCUUUGAGCACGACCCGUGUUGCCGAUCUAGUACUCGCAAAUGAGGCUGCCGACCCGUUCGUCCAGGACGACACUUCGGAUCAGUUACUGGCGACAGUAUCUCGGCGAAGGCGAAAGGUAUCGUCAUCAACCAAGGAUCCCGAUGAGCACCCGGGAUCGAUGUCAACCUCGGAUGCUUCAGAUUUGAACGACCUGUCAGUAGCGCUGAGACAGAAGGUGUGUUCCAAGGGGCCUUCUCGGCGGCAUUCUUCGAACCCCAAGAGCACCUCCCACGAGACGUUACGAGGGGAGGCAGAUGUGGCCAGCGAUCUUGACAGCAGCUUUGAGGCGGAUGAUACGGUCUACCGGCGGGAGACUCGGGUCACAGCAAGGAGAAAGAGCAUGAUGGUUUGA